CGAACUUAGAUGGGGCGCAGCCACUGGACAGUGAGUGCGUUUUGACGAGCCGGAGCUCCUAUAUACGUACAUCGUCAUACUCGUGGGCCGUUGUUUCCAAAGGAGUCCGUUCGGUCAAAGUCGGACAGCCAGAUGCAGGGGGAUCAAUACAUAAGCGGUGCGCUUGACAUCAACGCCACGAUCCGAGCCUAUCAAGCGCGUGGCCACUUGAUAGCUGACGUCGAUCCGUUGGGCAUACAAAACCCUGAGUCGGCGAAGCUGCAAGGUACCGCGAACCUGCCGCCCGCGAUCGUAGUGCGACAGCAUCUAAAGGGCAUGACAGAGGCGGACAUGAACCGGGAGUUCCCGCUCGCGUCCUUUACCGUCAUCGGUGGCAAGAAGAGGAGUCUGCCGCUGCGGGAGAUACUGACCAGGCUCAAUCAGGUCUACUGCGGUCACCUGGGCCUCGAAUACUUGUACAUUCAUGAUCUCCAUACGUUAGAUUGGUUGAGAGAAAAGUUUGAAAUACCAGGCGCUUGGGAAUUGCCUGCGGAGCACCGUAAGUGGAUCUGGAUGAACAUCAUGAGGGCUGUGACUUUCGAGAGCUUCCUGGCGAAGAAGUACGGCACAGAGAAGAGAUUCGGCUUGGAAGGCUGCGAGUCUUUUAUACCCUGCAUGGCGGAAUGCAUAGAAACCUCGGCGAUACAUGAUGGCAAACGGUCGGUGGCUAUAUUGGUUCACGGUGAUGCUGCCUUCUCUGGUCAAGGUGUCGUUUAUGAAACGAUGCAUCUCACCGAUCUGCCGGAAUAUACGACGGGUGGUGUUAUACAUAUCGUGAUCAACAAUCAAGUAACGUGGUUCUCAUAAUAACGACAUUUUUUAAUUGAUUUUGCUCCGUUAAUUUUAAGUGCUAAAUAAUUGAACGGAUGAAACGCGAAUAAUGUAAAAUAUUCACGAGAUAUGUAGUGUUACGUCCAGACUCCACGGUCCCUUGCUUUCGUAAGAAAUAGAUAAUAGAGUUACAUUCGUUUAGUAAUUACCGCGUGUUACUUAUCAUGCGCGCAUUAUUGAGCCAAGACACUCACGGUUGUUGCACAAUUUUAAUUGAAUUUUAUUUUUUCCAACACACGAUAUCAAGCGGGAACCUUACGGGAACCGUAAGGCACGCAGUACAUGUGGUCGUCGCGUGAUCAUUAAACAAACAUUUCUUGCAGCAACCCUGAACGUUAGCGCAUCAUCUACCUUAUCACCACGACUGUUGGGUCACCUUGGUCGUGAACACGUGCAUUUCGUCACCAUGACCAUGAUCACGCUCUCGGCCACUUAUCAAGGUCCAAAGGUGGCCCUUCGAUUUUAGCUAUACGUGUCCUCCCGUUACCUAACUUCGGGCGUUUUCCUUCAUCGAAUGUUCUAGAAGAAUCUCCUCCUACACGAUUUUUCCUAUCUUAUAAAAAGGGCAGAGAAACCGCCCUGAACCAUUCUUUAGUUUUCUUUCAAGACGAUCAGACGCACUAGUUGCCAUUUCAAUUCAAUACGUUAAGUGAAGUCAUUAUUAAAAAUAUCAAGAGUCAUCACUCAGAACUUAGAGUCAGUGCAAUUGAACAACCACUCGUUCCACCUCAAAUCGGAGGAGCCGCAGCACACUGAUCUAGUCACCACUCUCCAUUCAUUUGUCAAUUUGGUUUGGACAUUUUAAAAGUAAGUUUUUUGUAAAUUGAUUAUUUUUAUUUGUUUUUUUGUGCCUUUGCGACUGGUUGUCAGUUUUACUUUUGCCUCUUCCUUUGUUUUCCCUUUUAAUUACACAUUUCCACUCUUUUCACAUCUUCCACCUUUUUCUUCUGAUGCACCAUCAACCCUUUCACCACCAUUAACGUACACUGCGGACGCCGAAGAGUCCCAGUUAACUGAUAAUUAAUCUAAGUAUCAAUUUUUAUAGUUAUAUUUGUAUAACCUUUCGUUUCAAUUAUGUAUAAAUUCCGAGAGUUAAGAGUAUAAUUUGCGAUUAUCAAAUCAUCAUUCGACUGUUUGAAUAAAGUCAUUUUUUAAUUUUUUAUGUUAA